AUGGCGCCACCCACGCAUUCUGAGUCACAUCCGGACAGUGCCAAACCGAAUUCACGCUCAUGGACGUCUCGACCUACCACUCCGCUACGCCCCCCUUCUCAGUCAUCGUUCCGUGGAUCUUUUCAUUCGGCAAACAAUGCAGAGAACGCAUUUCCACUCAAGAGACUAGAGCCGGCAUUUGCCGAGCUUUCUGAUGCCAUGGCCGAUCUCGAGGCAAACAUGAUGCACUUCCAGCUCAUAGAUGAAAGCUUGGCCAGAUUUGGCGAAUCUUUUGCCAGCUUCCUUUAUGGCCUUAAUAUGAACGCUUUUUGCGUUGACUUUCCCGAGGUGCUAUUGCUACUAGAAUUCCAAUCAUAUUAA